UGUCUUCGUUCGAGCCGGCAUUCGGUGUUUAGCCUCGCAAAUCGGUCGGGUACAGUCAUGAAGUUCACAACGAUCCUCGCGUCUCUCGCCCUUAUGGCCGCCCUCGCCAGCGCGCAGAGGGCCGAAACCACUGCCGACGCUCUUCGACACAUUUAUUACAGAUGCAUAGACAACGAGUCCAUGUUGUCCUGCGUGAAGCCCAAAGUCCUGGCCUACCUUAGCCAAGCAGCGAAACAAGACAGGCUGGCCAUCACGGAAGACUUGGCACUGGUGAAGUCGAGAGACAUGCCCGAGGAAAACAGCGAGGAUUAUUACCCCGCUCAAUACGACUCCGUGGACCCCGCAAGGAAGGAGCUCUUGAGAUCCUUGAUGUUGGAGAAACUCGACGCGUACCUGUCCAGCCACCAGCUGGAGGCUAAGUUGCCGGAAGCCAUCGUUGGGUCCAAUAUCGUGCCAAGAUCCUUGGUGGACAGUAUGCCAAGAAGCUUGACAGUACCUCUUUCCGACACCUCGAGCAACGGUCAAGGUCGUGGAUUCGUGAAGAAGGUGAUGAUACCGUUCCUGUUGGGGCUGAAGUUCAAGGCCACAGCUUUGGUCCCGCUAGCCCUUGCCCUGAUCGCCCUGAAAACGUGGAAAGCUCUCACCUUGGGCCUCCUCUCGUUGGUGCUAAGCGGUGCAAUGAUGAUCUUCAAGCUGACGAAACCCAAGGUCGCCUACGAGGUGGUGCAUUACGGACACCCACCCGUCGAGCAUCCACCUCACUGGGAGACCUCGGCCCACGGACCCUACAGGGCGUACAGGAAAUAGAUUGAUAGAAACUCGAACUCUCUCCCCUUCCACCCACCCAUUUUUCUUUUAUAAGAAUCGUUUUAUUUAAUAUUUAUUGACGCGCGACGACUCUGACUUUUAUUUAUAUAUAAAUAAAAAUCUUCUUUCAUGGUCUCAUCAAAAUCAAAA